UGCAUGUUUGCGGUGUGGAUAAGCCCAACUCAAACUGUCUUCUUUUGACCUGCUUUCAACCUCGACAUUCAUUCUUCAAAGCUGUCGAGACGCUCAAUUCGACUUUUCAUCGUUCAAGACGAGCAAAGAUGUCACGCCCAACAUCAGCCACCGAGGUCGAGCCAACGAAUUCUUCAGUAGCCCCCUCAGACUACAAUCACAAUGCCAGGAGGGGUUCCGUGGCCUCGAGAAUGGUGCGCAGUGCUGGAGAGACAUUUGCUCAGUCAAGACCACCCGUAGGAAUGUUCCACGCAUUUGGUUCAGUCGGCUCAAACAUUCCCACGCUGAACGAUAUCCAAUCUGGAAAGUUUGGAGAUGAUGGAUGGUCAGGUCCAGGGCAGAGACGGCACAGCAACGCACGCCGCGAUUCAGAUCUUCACGUCCUCGCACUCCACCGCCCACAAACCCUGGAGCCCAUCCCGGAACCAAAGAAAACGGCCGCCGUAGUAGACGAAAAGAAAGAAGGCGGCCAAAUCGAAACUAUCUUCUCGACCCAAACAGAAGAUAACUCGAUUCUCGCUCCUCACGAUCCAAACGUGCCGUAUGCAAACGGGUAUCAAUUCCCGCCCAAACACACCAAAAAACAAGCCCUCAUCAUCGGCGCCAAAGGAGCAUGGAAAUUCGUCACAACCCCCUUUGGCUUCUUGCUCACGAUCUACGCACUCAACAUCGUGGCCUGGGGCGGAAUGCUAUUCCUGAUCCUGAUCCGCGCAACGCCAGCUAUGGCCCAUCCAAACUACAACUCCUGGCAAAGCGGCGCAAAGACCUGGCUCGAGAUCGAUUCUCAGAUCCUGAACGCUUUGUUCUGCGUCACGGGUCUGGGACUCAUUCCUUGGCGCUUCAGGGACUUUUAUUAUCUGCUGAAGUGGAGGUAUGGGAAGGACCCGAACGCGUUGAGGAGGUUGGCUGGUAUCCAUAAUAAUUGGUUCCGUUUGGAAGGGUCGCAGAAUUUGGAUGUGCUUUUUGAUCCAACCAAAGAUCCUAUUCCUGAGGGCGUCGAUGAGAUGUGUCUCGCGCUCCCAGUAGCGUUGAGUCCUGGUCCUCCGUUGACUGGCGAGAGGGCAAGUCCUUCGACGUACUGGAAGUUGGAUUUUGUGAUCUGGGCGUUUGUUUGGAAUACGUUGUUGCAGAUUGUGCUGUGUGGGUUGAUGUGGGGUUUGAAUAAGUAUAAUCGUCCUAGUUGGAGUGUAGGUUUGUUUAUCUCGCUGGCUUGUAUUGUGGCUAGUGCCGGUGGGUGGGUUAUCUUUAAGGAUGGGAAAAAGGUUAAGAAGGUUGAGGGGGUGCCGGUUAGUGAGGAUGAUAAGAAGAUUUUGGAGGAGAUGAGGAAGAGGGAGAGGGAUAGUGGGUCGGUGUGAGGGGACGGGAUGGAUGCUUGGAGUUUGGUGGCUUUGCUCAGGCAUGUUCUUGGUUG